UUCCCGUGAACGACUCGCUACCGAGUCGCCCCACCUAUUUUCUUGCAAGCGUGGCAUGGCCUCACCUGUGGAGUAGAGUGCAAGAUUUUUAAGACCGUGGCAGUUGCUGGGCUCCUACCAACCUCAAUUUAUCUUUUACGUCCCACUACCUCCAAAUCCAAAUAUUUAUAGAUCCAGUUCAAGUGAAAACCAUCCAAGUCUUCCUCUCAUGGUUCAGCUAAGAACUAUGGCUCCAAUGGCAAAAUUCCUCGCCUCCAUCUUCCUACUUAUCCCUCUUGCCUUUGCUGAUAUCAGUUUCAACUACCCAGCAAUUUUCAACUUCGGCGACUCCAAUUCCGACACCGGCGCGCGCAUCGCCGCCGGCCUCGAGAGCCUCGAGCCGCCUAACGGUGGGUCCUACUUCCGCCGGCCGGCCGGAAGGUUCUGCGAUGGCCGACUCAUCAUCGACUUCCUCACGGAUGCUAUGGAUAUGCCAUUCCUUAAUGCAUAUCUGGAUUCUGUUGGUGCACCAAGUUUCCAGAAAGGUUGCAACUUUGCUGCAGCUGGGUCUACAAUACUUCCAGCAACAGCAUCAUCUGUCAGCCCGUUUUCUUUUGGCAUUCAGGUGGCUCAGUUCUUUCGAUUUAAAGACCGAGUUCUUGAGUUGCUAGCUACAGGGAACAAAUAUAAGAGAUAUAUUCCUCAGGUUGAUUUCUUCAGUCAAGGACUUUACAUGUUUGAUAUGGGACAAAAUGACCUUGCUGGUGCAUUCUAUUCCAAAACAGAUGACCAAGUUAUUGCUUCUAUCCCAACAAUACUUGUGGAGUUUCAAACCGGACUUAAGCAAUUAUAUGACCAAGGUGCAAGAAGAUUUUGGAUUCAUAAUACUGGUCCACUUGGGUGCUUACCUCAGAACAUAGGCAUUUUUGGCAAAGAUCCAUCAAAGCUGGACGAGCUUGGAUGUGUGAACUCUCAGAACCGUGCUGCUAAGCUUUUCAAUCUGCAGCUUCAUGCACUUUGCACAAAAUUGCAGGGUGAAUUUGCAGAUGCAAAUAUUACUUAUAUUGACAUCUUCUCCAUAAAAUACAACCUCAUUGCAAAUUUUUCUCGGUAUGGGUUUGAACAUCCCAUAACGGCAUGCUGUGGAUAUGGGGGACCACCGUUGAACUAUGAUAGUCGAAUCUCUUGUGGACAAACAAAGAUUUUUAAUGGGAGCUCAGUAACAGCGAAAGGGUGCAAUGAUACAACUGAUUAUGUUAAUUGGGAUGGAAUACAUUACACCGACGCUGCAAAUCUUCAUGUUUCAUCACAAAUACUCACUGGAAAGUACUCUGACCCACCAUUCUCGGACAAAAUGCCUUUCCUUCUCAAACUAAAGUUUUGAGAUCCAGUUGACUUUCAACUCCAUCUACUAAUAGGCCACUAUGUAGGAGUUAAAUGUAUUAUUGUUAUUAAUGUUAUUAAAUGAAGUUGCAAUCCUUGUUUCUACGAGUGAAAUAAAUGUCGUUCAAUUCUUUCUA